CACAAUCUGAGAGCGGACAUUAGGUGCGCAAGUGUAGGCGACGCCUCACGUACGAUACUCAUCAUGUCUUCUCACAUUCCAGAGGCGGUCGCUCAAGGAGCCGCGAUCACCGGCAGGUUCAGUUCCGCCUUUCGUCUUGUUGCGGGAGAUGCGGGACUCGACUGGGGACCUGCUGUGGGAGCUUGGGCGCGAUGGCGGACUACGGCGGCGCCGAGCGUCUCCUCUUUUCGGCCCAAGGCCAGAGCUCGUCUUUUCUGCACCUGCAUGCACGCUUCUCCCUCAUUCCCUGGCAACAACCGCCAUAGCCACCGAGCUACCCUUGAGGGAGGUUUUCGAAAGGGCCAACACCAGGAUGGCGUCUGUGCAAACGACGAGUGCUGUUGGGAUAGAGGGCGCCUCUCUCUUGUCAAGCAUGUUGGUGGCCGUUGUCGUACCCGCUCUCUCAAUAUGAGCGGGUGGCAGGUGGGGGCGGCGCUGCUGCAGACCAUAGCCAAUAGCCGGUGGCCAGCAUGCAGGGUAAAGAUGCAGUCAACGGCCGACGGGCGGUGGCUAACGGGCGCCGAGAAGCUGCAGGGAAUAGCCGACGGGCGGUGGCUAACUGGUGGGGAGGAACUGCAAGCAAUCGCCAGAGGGCGGCGACGAAUGGGCGCAGGGCGGGUGCGAGCGGUUUCUAACGGGCGGAUAACAGGUCGCAUGGGGUGGAUGCAGGCAAUGUCCGACGGGUGGUUAACAGGCUCGGGUCCUGCUGUUGCCGGUGUAGUUCACGUACAUUCUGGCGUAGCAGACUGCCAAUCAGCAGAUGCCAAACAGGAUCGGUAUCGGGAUCCUGAUGAUCACUCUCCUUUGCUCGAUUCGACGAAGAUGCCAAGAGACGCGUGUGCUGCGAACACAGAUAGGGCUCGGCGCGCAGUCGAUCUUCGUGGUGGCAGUGAACAGCCAGAGUGGUCGCAGGUUGCUCUAGGACCUCUUGCCAAGCUUCUCACCGAUCGGCAGAUCCGCCAGAUACACAAUUUCGUGGACAUUCUACUCGACUGGAACAAGAGAAUGAACCUUACAACUGUUGUCGGAAGGAGUGCUGUCAUGGAGCGCCACGUGGAGGAUAGUCUUGCGCUGUUGCCGGUCAUCACCUCCUCUUAUCAGGAUCUAGAGGGAGGCAGGACAAAUGGAAGAAAGGGAGAAGGUGGUUUGAUGGCACAGAGGCUCCGUGUGGUGGAUGUUGGCACUGGUGCAGGUCUGCCUGGAGUGAUUCUUGCAAUCGCAAAGCCAGAGGCGGAGGCAGAGAAAAGUAACCUGGCUACCGUGAUGUUGAACGUAAUGAGGGGAGUAAUGUGGAACAAUAAACUACUGCAGGCACACCUGCACGCGGAUCGUCAGCAAAGACAGCAGUACCAGCAAGACCAUGCCGCUGUAACGGCCGACGUCCGCGACGCAGCAGUGCAGCAGCAACAACAGCAACAGCUGAUGAACUCUACCAUCGCACGCAUCAACGGCAUUGAGGCCAAGGCCUCAGCAGCGGCAGGCUGCACGACGGAUGCGAUGAAGCAAAUCAAUGAACGCAUCGAUCACGUCGUCACCAUCAUCGGCGACAUAGGUGUUUUCAACGGACUGGACACGAUCAGCAGCACGGUGGCCGCCCUCAAGACGGACAUCACCAAGCUACAGACGAGACCGGACGCCGCUACAAAGACAUUCAAGAUGCCGCACUUCGACAUCUGCAAGUUCGACGACUACAACAAGUCGGACGCUUUGACAUGGUGGCAACGUUUCCUCACGGAAGCGUCAUGCCGCACUGUCCCGGCGAACGACAUGUUGAAGGCACUCUAUUUGCAACUGAUUGGAGGAGCGCAGGCAUGGAUGAACCACCUGGCGGCCACCCACAAGUGCACCAUCGCCGAACUCCACACGCACAUCACGUGGAAGGAAUUCGAGCAGCUAUGGCUCACCCGGUUCAUGGUCCGCAAUGUCGUGAAGGCGGCCAUGAAUGAGGUGUACACAUGCUCUCAGGGGAACAUGCCAACUCGAGACUGGACAACGAAGUGGCAAAAGAUAGUGACCACGCCAGGAUUCGAUUUGAGUUUCUCAAAUCAACGAUCCGAGUUCUUCUCGCGAUCGUGCGCGGGAUUGCGGUUGGCACUCGGUAAUGAGUACGACUAUACCACAUUCCAGGCCAUUCUGGAUCGAGCGAACUUGGUCAUCCAAACGGAUGACAAGGCCGCUAAUGAGAGACAAUCCCAGCCGCAUUAUGUGGCUAAGCAGGCCUAUCAACGUCCGGCACAUAACAAUGCCGUAAUUUCCGAGGAAAUUGACGACCACCACGCUGCAGCAGCAUCCUCGGGUGAUGGAGGAAUUGUCGCAGCGCUCCCACCGAAGCGUCCCAAGAGAGUUCGUAAGAACAAGGCGACACAAGAGACGACAGCGACGGGAGCUGGGCAGCAGCCAUGGACGGCAUAUAAGAUCACCAAGGAGGUCUAUGACCUACGUACCUCGAAGACGAAGCUGGAGCAACGGCGCUGCAGUGGCCGGAGCACCUCCCUUUACACAGCAGAACAGGAGGCGAAAGCCGCCGCCAUCUCGAAAGAGAGAGAAAAAAAGAAAGAGGCCAAGAAGAAAGCCCUGAUGGAGGAACAGGCGGCGAAAUUGAGAAAGAUUGAGGAGGAGAUGGCUAGAGAGAGAGAGAGGCUGAGGAAAGAGCAGGAAGAGAAGUUGAAAGCGGUAGAAGAGGAGGAAGAGGUAGAAGAACAACCGCUGGAAAGGAGAAGAAGGGGGCAAGGAGGUGAAUCCAGUGGUACAAAGGAAGAUCAAAUGGAGAAGAAAAUUACGGAGUGGGUUGCUGGUUUAUCCCUGGGGGAAGACGAGGAGGCACUAAUGUAUGUGCCCAGGGAAGAACAAGAGGCCGCCACGAAAGAGUGGGAUGCAGAAGAAGACCCACUCAAGCGGCAGGCGAUAGAGGAUGAGAAGAGGAUGGAGUGGAACUAUAUCAGUAGCAAAGCGUUGCAGAAGUUGAAGUUGGGGCUAAAAGUCCAGAAGUUAGCAGACCCCAUAGUGAGUAUCCUCGCAGACAAUCGCACGAUGCGAGUAGAGGAUUAUGUAGAGGGAGUCCAGGCGUACUUUCGCCUAGAGAAAGAUGGGAAGGUGGAGAAGGUUCUCCAUUCCCUAACUCUCCUCGUAGAGGACAACCUUCCUUUCGAUAUAGUCCUAGGAAUGGACUGGGGAGAGGCAGCAAGGGCCACACUCCAUUUGAGAGAGCACGAGUGUAGGCUCCCUAGUCCGUCAGGCGGGGUCAAGACUGCCCAUUUGUUCCACGUGUCAGGAGUAGAUAACUCCCUGGCACAUUGCUGCCUUAGCGCUCCUGCGUUUGCAAGAUUAGUGAAGAAGGAGCAGCUAGAAGAACAGGUCUUUGUGGUCUAUGUUAGGCCAGAUACUGAGCCUAAAGAGGAAAACCCCAUAGAUCUCGCUAUUGCCAAGCUGCUGGAAGAGUAUGUAGAUCUAGCUAAGCCGCCUACGGGAGUAGUCCUGCGGCCCAUCCAGCACCGCAUUGAGAUAGAGCCUGGCAGUAGGACUCCUAAAGGAGCAGUGUAUAGGAUGUCCCUGCGGGAAUUGGAGGAGCUGCGCAAGCAGUUAGACGAACUUCUAGAGAAGGGUUGGAUUAGGCCCAGUUCGUCUCCAUUUGGAGCACCUGUUCUAUUUGUCCCAAAGGAGGAGGGAAAGCUUAGAAUGUGCAUCGACUAUAGGGGUCUUAAUGCUAUCACAGUGGAGAAUGCGGAGCCACUGCCCCGUAUAGAUUAUCUUUUAGAUCAGGUGCAGGGUUGCAAGUAUUUUUCGAAGAUAGAUCUGAAGUUCGGGUAUCAUCAGAUAGAGGUCCAUCCUGAUGAUCAGUAUAAGACCGUGUUCCGGACUAGAUAUGGGCACUACGAGUUUGUAGUUAUGCCUUUUGGACUAACCAACGCGCCAACAACUUUUCAGCGUUGUAUGAAUGACUUGUUUAGGUCGUGGUUAGACAGGUUUGUAAUAGUCUAUUUAGAUGACAUUCUAGUGUUCAGUAGGACCCUCCAGGAGCAUGAGGGUCAUGUGAGGCAGGUCUUGGAAAAGCUGAGAGAGGCCAACUUCAAGAUCAACGCAAAGAAGUGCGAAUGGGCAGGGACCCAAGUUCUGUAUUUAGGCCAUGUCUUAGACGGAGACGGUAUUAAGCCAGAAGAUAGCAAAAUCACAACAAUUAGAGAUUGGCCUACACCCCGCACGUUGACAAAAUUGCGGUCGUUCUUAGGCCUAGCGAAUUACUACAGGAAGAUUGCUGCACCCCUUCGCAGGUUGCUGAAGAAAGAAGCGAUAUGGAAGUGGGACAAGGACUGCACGUCUGCCAUGAAGAAGUUGAAGCAGGCGUUGAUAGGGUACCCAGUCCUUAAGAUAGCCGAUCCGUCCUUACCUUUCGUCGUCACUACGGACGUGAGCCAGUAUGGAAUAGGCGCUGUGUUACAACAAAACGACGACAACGAAUAUAAACCCGUAGAGUUCAUGUCUACUAGGAUGCCUUCAGAGAAGGUCGCAACAUCCACCAUGAGAGGGAACUCUACGCUCUUAGGCAAGCAUUAGAACACUGGGAGCACUACUUGCUUGGGAGACACUUCAAAGUCUAUUCAGACCACUAGA